AUGGCCUCAACUGCAGCUGUCUCGUCCGAAAAGGGCAGUGACAUUUCUGUCUCCGGACAGGUCACGCCGGACGAAAAGACCGCUGUCAAUGUGCUUUCUGGAGAAAAGGAUGAUAAGGCCGGUGAAGAGGAUCCCAGUACUGAAAGUGACCGCAACAGUGACGAUGUUAUUAUCAUCACAGGUGCUGACGCUGCUGCUCACCUGAUACCAGUGCGGGAUGAUUUCGAUCCUGUCUUGACAUUUCGCAGUAUUAUCCUAGCGUCGGGCCUGGCUUGCUUUCAGGCCGUGAUGAAUCAGAUUUAUCAGUUUAAACCGACUCUUAUUACCAUCCAGGGAACUUUUAUUGUUCUCAUUUCCUACUUUGUUGGCAAUGCAUGGGCUAAAUUACUCCCGCGCGGCGACAAAUUCGAAUCAAAGUGGAGGGCUAAAAACGGCCAAGGAAAACUGCCGAAAUGGAUUUUGUUUCUCAAGUUUAUUAAUCCUGGUCCAUGGUCGCUGAAAGAACAUUCCAUUGCCGCAAUCACGGCUACUUCGGCCUCAAAUGUCUCUUCCGUCUCCCAGGUAUGGGCUGCCCAGGACCUUUUUUACGAUAUUCCCAUCAGUGCAGCUACUGUCAUUCUGAGCACUAUCUCUAUUGGUCUUUUUGGCUAUGGCUUAUGUGGAAUUAUGCGCCCUAUUGCGGUGUGGCAUACCGAGGCUGUAUAUUGGAGUACCUUGCCCACCGUCAAGACGCUCCAGGGACUUCACUGGCAACAAGUGAAAAAUUCAAAGCCGCUCAGAUAUUUCUGGUAUGCUUUCGCCGGAAUGUCUGUGUAUGAAAUUUUUCCGGCCUAUGUCUUUCCAUGGUUAAACUCCAUAUCUAUUCCGUGUCUGGCCGCGCAGAAAGCCACAGGUAGCACGGCUACAGUUUUGACUAACCUUUUCGGUGGCGCUACCAAUAAUGAAGGUCUUGGUUUAUUUUCUGUUUCGCUUGACUGGCAAUAUCUCACAUCAUUUCAAACCUCCCUUCCAUUGAAGCUACAGCUUCAUCAACUGGUAGGACUUGGUGCUUGCUUUGUUGCCAUGCUUGGAAUCUAUUAUGGCAAUGGAUGGAACUCACGAUCGCUCCCUUUCAUGUCAACAAGGCUUCUCAGCGCCAACGGAACAGCAUAUCCCGUUAGCAGUGUGUUCCCUGGCGGUGUACUCGACGAGGCUGCUUUGUUGGAACAAGGGAUUCCCAAGCUAACGGGGUCAUUUGCGUUUGCUAUGCUCAUGGCAAAUGCUGCUAUCGGUGCCUUGAUCGUUCACUGCAUUUUGUUCUGGGGAAGUGAUAUCAAACGAGCAUACAAAAGCGCCAGAGAGGGAAGAUUCGACGAUCGACACCAUGAUCAUAUGGCAAAACACUACAAGGAGACACCAUGGUGGUGGUAUAUUAUCGUACUUGUCGGCAGCUUUAUCCUAGGCCUCAUUGUGGUCCUGAAAGAGAACAUUACCCUGCCAGUCUGGGCCUACAUCGUUUCUUUACUCGUGGGAAUCAUUAUUGCGCCAUUCAGUGUCAUUCUUUACUCUCGCUACGGCAACGGUAUUGCGACAAACAACAUUUCAAAGAUGUUGGCAGGUUUGAUGCUUCCCGGUCGUCCAAUCGGCAAUAUGUAUUUCGCAGCUUGGUCACAUAACGUUAUCUCGAACGCUGUCAAUCUUUCCAAUGACCUGAAAAUGGGAGAAUACCUCAAAAUUCCUCCGCGCAUAAUGUUCCUCACUCAAAUGUAUGGAACUAUCCUUGGUGGAUUCAUCAACUACGCAGUGAUGAUCUCCAUUGUGGGAAGCAAUCGAGAACUCCUUGCCGAUGGCAACGGAAAUUCUUCCUGGAGCGGUGCAACUAGCCAGGCUUACAACACUAAUGCCGCAUCUUGGGCACUAGCUCCGUACCUCUACAGGAGCGGAAAAGAAUACUCAAUGAUACCACUAGGAAUUGUGAUCGGCGCUGCGGCUGUAAUCGUUCAUCGUCUCUUCUACCAGUUUGUUCCGAAAGUUGGCAACUUCGACGUCUCUGAGAUCAACAUGGCACAAUUUAUUCAAUACGCAGGUUAG